ACCGACUAACGGCGACAUCGGGAUGUGCAGCAGCUUCCUUUUCGGUAGAUAAUGAUUCCAAACCGUUUUUUUUUCUGGCAUUUACGUACCUUUUUCGCCUGCAGAGAAAGCGUUCGCCUGGCCCAGCCUCCCCAAGAGUAACCGACUAAGAUAUCCUGGCCACCCCUCGUACUGCAGAGCUGCACACUGCAGUAACCAACCAGCAUUGCAUGUGGUUCAGUUCCACUUCUCCUGCACACCCUCAAACAUGCGGGGCAGGCUUUCUGGAUGUGAUGGCGUCUGCCGUGUCUUCUUAAGAUAACCAACCGCCCCUCCUCGUCUAUCCAAGAUGUUUGCUUUCGAUUCCGCGUCCGGCUCAGUAUCACAAUGCUACCCUCCACUCAGAAAUUACAGGAUGCCGACGAUAUCGGUCUCGCUCUUGACACGGAAGACCUGGAGCUGCUCCGUGAGGCUGAGAAGAACCCCGAUGCCCUCGUUACCGAUACGCCGAACGACCAGAAGCUGAGGAGGUUCUCGGUCGUCUGCGUUAUUGUGAACCGCAUGAUCGGAAGCGGCAUCUUCGUUACGCCUAGCACCAUAGUACGCGGUACCGACAGCGUAGCUGUGGCGCUGAUAUUCUGGAUCGUUGGCUGCCUGAUGACCUUCAUGGCGAUAUCGGUUUACCUAGAACUCGGCCUAAGCAUCCCCAAAUACAGGCUGCGUGGGAGCGAUACUAUGGUGUCGAUCCCUCGCUCGGGGGGUGAAUUGAAUUACUUGGAGUAUAUAUUCAAGCGCCCCAAGUACCUGGCCACUUGCGUCUAUGCGGUAAUAUUCAUCUGCAUCGGCAACACGGCGGGCAAUGCCAUCUCCUUCUCGGAGAAUUUCCUGCACAUGUGUGCCGUCGAAAAUCCCUCGACGUGGCUCAUCAAAGGGGUUGCAAUCGCAAUAAUCACACUGGCAUGUCUUCUCCACGGAUCCUGGAGAGCUGGCGGGAUCUAUUUCAACAACAUUCUCGCUUCCUUGAAAGUCGCCGUGCUCCUAGUCGUCAUCGGCGCUGGUCUCGCGGCAUUCGGCGGCGCGGUUGACACCGUGACGCAGAAUGCCUUCGAGUCCGAUCCAGAGCCCUUCGCUCCGAGCGAUACCUAUGGCUAUGCUGGAGCUUUUUUGGCGGUCAUGUUCAGCUACGGAGGAUCGAUGAAUGCACACUACGUUCUGAGCGAGGUUCACCAGCCGCAAAAAACCCUCAAGAAAGCAGCCUACACCGCCGUAGGACUCGUAUCAUUCCUCUACAUCCUGACCAACAUCGCAUACUUCGGUGCAGUCAGCAAGGCGGAACUCGGCGACGCUCGAGGUACCACAUUCGUAGCCACCAAGUUCUUCCGCAAGAUAUUCGGCAGCAACGUAGCGGCUGACCGUGUCCUCCCUGGCCUCGUCGCACUCUCCUCGCUUGGAAAUAUCAUAGUUGUCACUUUUGUAGCCUCGCGAGUCAAAGCAGAGAUUGCAAAAGCCGGAGUCAUUCCGUUUUCGAAGUUCUUCGCCGCGAGCACGCCCACCCUUCUCACACGGAUUUUCCGACCCCAGUCCGACGCCGUAGCAGGCGAUCACCACCACAUGCGCCUGCAAGUAGAAUCCACCCCGGCAGGCGCACUGCUCCUCCACUGGGUUUUCUCCAUCAUCAUCAUCAUCGCGCCACCAAUCGGUGACACCUACACAUUCUUCGUGAACCUCUACUCCUACACCAUCAACACGUGGAUCGGCGCCUUCAUCGCCGUGGGCCUCCUCUGGCUCCGCUGGAAACCACGCUCCACCUGGGUUGCCGAGAGCUCGUUCAAGCCCUGGGGCGGCCCAGCAAUGGCGAUAAUCUACCUGAUCUUCAACGUAUUCCUGAUUGUGGCGCCUUUCAUCCCGCCGGCGCCCAAUCGCUCGCGGCUGUCGAUGGAGUCCAUCGAGCCUUUCAUCUUCCCUACAAUCGGAACGGGGCUGUUCUUUGUUGGAGGCCUCUACUGGGUCGGCUUCCGCUUUGUCUGGCCAAAGAUCUACAAGCGCAAGCUACAGCAGACGAGAAUUCCCAUCCUCCUGGAUGGUGUGCAGGUGCAUGAGAUUGUGAUUUGCUCAUGGGUAUGGCUUCCUCCCCUCUCCCUCCUCUAUUCUUCCCCAUUAAAUAGCUAACUCGAAAAACAGGUCGUACCGGGAAUGCCCUCGGAAGAUCACGAUAUGUAUGAGUAUGAUGUAGGAGUGCGCGGGCCUCCGCCGGGGGUGUAACUUGGGGCUUUUUGUUGUUGCUUUUACCUUUGUCUCUUUCAGCCAUGUCACACAUACAUACUUAAAUAAUUGGUUUUGGAAUAUAAUCACGAUGCGCAUGAUAGUCACC